AUGACACGCGACCAUCUUCCCAUCAAACCACAGCCCGGUCUAGACAUCGAGGAAUUCGACAUCCCAGCCCGCGAUAACCACCCAAUCCGAGUGCGAUCCUACAAGCAAUCCAACUCGGCCAAUCUCCCGCUGCUCAUCUACCUCCACGGCGGAGGAUUCGUCACCGGCGGCCUGGAAACGGACGACGAGUCCUGCCGUGCCAUCGCGGCCGACAUCCCCCUUCUAGCGCUCAACGUCGAGUACCGGUUGGCGCCGGAACAUCGGUUCCCCGUGGGAUUCGAAGAUAGUCGCGAUGUGGUGUACUGGGCCGCUUCGCCCACCGGCCAGCAGCGAUUAUCGACCAACCUACAAAAGGGAUUCAUUCUAGGCGGCACCUCUGCUGGCGCAAACUUCACCGCCGGAAUCGCACAUCUAGCAGCUCAUGAUGGCCUCCAGCCCCGACUGACCGGGCUACUCUUCCUAGCAGGCAGCUUCUGCCACCCAGACGCACGUCCAGCACAGUACCGGGAUCGAAUCCUCAGCGUAGAUGAGAUCAACGACGCUCCAGGCCUAACGAGAAAAUCGAUCGACUACUUCGCAGGCAGCCAAUGUGCAGAGAAAUACGGAGCACCACCCAGUGACAAACGUCUCUCGCCCCUUCUGUUUGAAUCUCACGCAAACAUAGCCUUCCGAGCCGCGUUCUAUAUCUGCGGGUGGGAUCCCCGGCGGGAUGAGGCUUUCUUGUUCGAUGAGCUGUUGACAAACGAAGGUGUUCUGACGAUGAGAUAUGUUUACAAGGGUCUACCGCAUGGCUUCUGGACGACAUGUCCGGAUCUGGAGGAGUCGAAGGGAUGGAGAAGAGAUUUACUCGAAGGGGUCCGGUUUUUAUUGGCUCGAGAGUACUAG